AGGGAGGACACUGCAACCUACGUGAAUAAUUGAUAGUGCAAGGAAAGGAGAGCAGCUGGGUUCCCUGUCUCCAUCUGCUCACCAGCUGGGGAUGAGAGAUCCUUGCUCAGGAGGUCUGAGGAGGCGGUGCAGGGUUUUAGUGAUGUUAUAGAUUCUCCCACUGAAGACUUUCCAUGUGUCCUCACUCCUGCUGUCCCCAACAAGACUGUGGACUUGUUUGAGAUGAUUGAAAAAAUGCAGGGGAGUCGUCUGGAUGAACAAAGAUGUUCCCUUCCAGCUCCUCUCAAGACAGAAGAGGAGUAUAUUCCUUAUCCCAGCAUCCAUGAGGUUUUACAGAAAGGGUGGCCAUAUCCUCUCAUUAUCCUACCCCAGUUUGGGGGCUACUGGAUUGAAGGGACCAGCCACAACCUCUCCAGCUCGAGUCCAACUCUGUCUGAUGUACCCUUUUCCUGGAGUGGUAAAGUGAAACUGGAAAGUGACCCUACAGCCAAGCUGUACCGCAAACAUUUUCUGGGAAAGGAGCACCAGAACUUUUACUCCAGUGACAUGUCCUUGGGCUACCUAGUACUUUCUGUGAAGUAUGAACAGAUUGAGAAACAGGAAAAUCUACGCCUGUUGCUGAGGACUCGUACUGGCACCAAACAUGAUCUAAUUCCCAUUUCCUGUCUGAAUGAGUUUCCCAAUGCUGUUCAGAUGGCAAAGCUACUGUGUGAGGAUGUGAAUGUUGAGCGCUUCUUUCCUGUCCUCUAUCCCAAGGCCUCACAGCUUAUUGUUGCAUUUGAUGAACACGUCAUAAGCAAUAACUUCAAAUUUGGGGUCAUCUACCAAAAGCCUGGACAGACAACUGAAGAAGAGGUCUUCAGUAACACAGUAGAGAGUCAGGGUUUCCUGGAGUUCCUGGAUUUCCUUGGUGACAAGAUUCAGCUGCAGGAUUUCCGUGGGUUCCGGGGAGGCUUGGAUGUUACCAGAGGUCAAACAGGCACUGAGUCAGUCUAUACAAAUUUCCGGGGGAAGGAGAUCAUGUUCCACGUGUCCACAAAGCUGCCCUUCACAGAGGGAGAUUCCCAGCAGCUUCAGCGGAAGCGUCACAUUGGGAAUGAUAUUGUAGCCAUCAUUUUCCAGGAUGAAAGCACACCUUUUGUCCCUGAUAUGAUUGCUUCUAAUUUCCUACAUGCUUAUGUGGUAGUUCAGCUCACUCAUAGCACCACUGGGGACACUCUCUACAAGGUUUCAGUCACAGCCCGAGAUGAUGUCCCCUUCUUUGGACCGCCUCUGCCAAAUCCAGCCGUAUUUAAAAAGAGUGCAGAGUUUCGUGAAUUCCUUCUGGUCAAGCUCAUCAAUGCCGAGUACAGCUGCUAUCGAGCUGAGAAAUUUGCUAAAUUAGAGGAAAGAACACGGAGUGCCCUCUUGGAGAGCCUUUUUGAGGAGCUGCAGCUUCGCAGCCGCAGCAUGAUGGGAUUACCUGUAGGGGAGGAUGACAAGAUAGAGAAUGGCAGUGGGGGCUUCCUCGAGAACUUCAAGCGGGUGAUCAGAGGCCGCAGCCAGAGCCUGGAUACCAUGGGGAUAUCCAUGAGAAAGCAGCAGCCAGCCACCCUGCCCAGCCGCCCAGCUACAGCUGGCCUUGCCCUCAGCCAGAGUGUCGCCGAGGGCCCUAAGGCCAUUGCUGCGUCUUUUGCCUUGCCUGGUAGGAGCCCAUCACGUACUCGAGCCAGCCGCUUCCACGGGCGACGGAGUAGUGCCAUUGGCAUUGAAAACAUACAGGAGGAAAAGAGAGACACCACAGAGAGGAUACAGAGGGUGUUGGACAGUCCAGGAACUUUCUUUGACCUAAAGUCUGACGGAUCAUCCAGUCCCAGCUCUCCAGAGUUCCCCAGCAGGAAGAGCAAAAUGCUCAGGAGUCAGACUUCAGGAUACUGUGUGAUGCAGCCACUCUCACGUUCAUCAUCCAGUGUAAGCAGUUGUUGUAGUGGAUUGAGGGAAAAUGGAACAUCUGAGGAAGAGGAGAAUGACAGGGAGCUGACGUGCUCACUUAAGGGCCCUCCAAAACAGGAUUCAAUGGUUCAGAGUAUGUGGCUGGAUGACAGUGACUGCACACCCAGUACUUCUAGCUCACCAGGAAGCAGGUUGCUUCCUUCCAGCAGUGUUGCUGGCUCCAGUGGAAAAGGAAAAGGCAGCAAAGCAGAGGCUCAGCACCAUAAUCCAGCCUCCAUUUUGUGCUGUGUGUGAUGUCAGCGCUGGAGCGUGGUCUGCUGCAUGCAGGGUGAGGAGCACAGGGAAACAUGUAAAGGAAAGAAAACCAACCAGGAAAGAAGAAUGUUCACUCUGCAAGAAGUUUAAUGUCAGUCUUUGAUCUGUUGAAAGAAAGAAAGCACAUUUGUAUUGGUAAACACCUCACCAGGAUGGUAAUACUGGCAAACCGUGAAAUUCUUCGAAAUUAGAGAUGAGACCAAGCAGUAAAGUUAACUGUUAGAAAGCCAUCUCUCCAUAAAAUUGGAUACAUUCAGAUAAUCACUAAAAAUUGACAUACAUUUUUUUCCUUCCUAUAUAUUUCUCUGGGACUUUUCACAGCUUGGGGCUUGGAACUGGUCCCAGCCAUUUUUCACCUGCAAGACAAACCAGCACAAAAGAGACAGUUAAAAUAUAAUCCAUACAAGUGAUUGGCCGGUCAUUUUUCUGCAGCAGGAUUACUGUUCCUAUUCUUGUGCAGGGUAACUUUUCUGAUGGAAUACAGAUUUGUAUCUUGUUUGGUGUGCUUCAGCCAGCUCCAUAAAUCUUUCACUGUCUAGUCACAACUGAAACUGUACAGAAGAAUUAUUUUCCUCCAUUAUAGAUGAGACAUUCUGCAGGUCAGAGGUAUUCCACACAAGGGAGAAAUCAGUUCUUUUUAUAUUUGUGGGGGCUGGGGGUUAAAGAAAAGUAAAAAAAGGGAGCAAGGCUGUGGAGUCAGAGAAUCAAAAAGAAAAUACGACUAAGUCUUUGGAGUUGAGACUAGAAACCAGGCCACAACAUUCCAGUCAGUAUUAGUGACUACUGUAGUGGGUGUUGGGUACUCUUCUUCCUCACUCUCAUGCUUAUAAAGAAUAUUUUAUAGAAUCAGAAACUCAUCCAGCAAACU